AUGAGUCGAAACCGCCACCACCACCCAGAUUCUACUGAAAAACUUUUUCAAUAUGAUAACUUAAUGGAAUUUGAAUUUGGGAAUGAUUGUACAGCAGAAUGUGUCAAGGAAGUAGUGGAAAGACUUGAAAUGUAUAAAACUGCAUCAAUACUUUAUCAAUCACUCAAAGUAAACUAA